UGCGGAGGCGGAAGCGGCAGGAGAAACCGGGCUGACCGAGCCUCUCCGGGGCGAUGUGGAGCGCGGGCCGCGGUGGAGCUGGCGUACCGGCGUUGCUGGGCCUCCUUGUGGCACUGUUAGUGCGGGGCGGCGACGCCGCCAAGACCAGCGCGGGGCUCGUGACCUGCGGGUCGGUGCUGAAGCUCUUCAACACGCAGCACCGGGUGCGGCUGCACUCGCAUGACAUCAAAUAUGGAUCUGGCAGCGGCCAGCAGUCGGUGACGGGCGUGGACUCGUCGGACGACGCCAACAGCUACUGGCGGGUCCGGGGCGGCGCGGAGGGCGGCUGCCCGCGCGGGGCCCCGGUGCGCUGCGGACAGGCGGUGCGUCUGACCCACGUGCUCACCGGCAAGAACCUGCACACGCACCACUUCCCGUCGCCGCUGUCCAACCACCAGGAAGUGAGCGCCUUUGGGGAAGACGGCGAGGGCGAUGACCUGGACCUGUGGACAGUGCGCUGCUCAGGGCAGCACUGGGAGCGGGAGGCCUCUGUGCGGUUCCAGCACGUGGGUACCUCAGUGUUCCUGUCAGUGACCGGGGAGCAGUAUGGGAGUCCGAUCCGAGGGCAGCACGAGGUACACGGCAUGACCAGCGCCAACACUCACAAUACAUGGAAGGCCAUGGAAGGCAUCUUUAUCAAGCCCGGUGCAGACCCUUCUGGUGGUCACGAUGAACUCUGAGUGCCCCAAUGGCAGAAUGGAGGGCUGCUGGGAAGGGACUCUGCAGGGCGAUGCUUGGGGAAGACUUUGGGUUAAUAGGGGUUUUCAAGUGCCUUUGUGAUUAAAGAGUGUUGGUCUCUG